CAUCCCAAAUUCACUCUUUCCAUUCAAUCCUUCAAUUCUUUCCAUUUCCAACCUCAUCAAAACUCACAAAAACCUUCAAAAUAAAAACAUUUCAUUUCAAUCAUGAAAUUCUUUCCAAGAUUCACGUUAGUCCUACAUUUACUCAUAAUAAUAACAAUAACAAUAUCAUUCUUAUUACAUCCAUCAUCACAAGAUCCUAAUGAUCAAUCUUGUUUAGCCAACUUAUUCGAAUCAAUAACCGACCCGGAUCAUAAUCUCAUGAAUUGGACUAAAACCACAUUCUCAAAUCCUUGUUCUGGUUUCCAAUCCAACUUAGCUGGAGCCACAUGCAACAAUGGACGUAUAUACAAACUAUCGUUACCUAACCUUAAUUUGCAUGGAUCAAUCUCACCAUUCAUUUCAAAUUGCACUAACCUCCAAUCUUUAGACCUUUCAAAUAACUCCUUAACAGGAAACAUCCCAACCGAGCUACAAUACCUAGUAAACCUUGCCGUACUAAACCUUUCUUCUAACCGUCUUUCGGGUACUAUUUCACCUUCAAUUGCCAUGUGUAUUUACCUAAACGUUAUUGACUUACAUGACAAUGUACUUAAUGGUGUGAUCCCACCUCAACUAGGAUCACUAGCUCGAUUAUCGGUUUUUGAUGUGUCAAAUAAUAAGUUGUCUGGGAUGAUACCUACGACUUUAGGAAACCGGACAGGGAAUUUAGUGAGGUUUAAUGUGAGUUCUUAUUUGGGUAAUAAGGAUCUUUAUGGGUAUCCUUUGGGUUUGAUGAAGAAUAAAGAAGGGUUAUCAAUUGUUGUAAUUGUUGGAAUUGGGCUAGGGAGUGGGUUGUUGAGUUUGGUUUUGAGUUUUACUGUUGUUUGUGUUUGGUUAAGAAUUAGUGACCAAAAAUUGGCUGCUCAACAAGAAGGGAAGAUUAGUCAGUCAAUGCCUGAAUAUUAAUGUUAGUUACUUAUUUAUUGUAUUCUUGAUUUUUGGUCAAAAAUAUAAAAUAUGUAGAUGUAGUUCCUUUCUUUUUUCUUUCUAAACGACAAAUAUUAGUUUUUUUCCCCCUAGUGUUAGUAACUAAAUGUCAAUAUAUGAUCAGAUUAAAACCCGAAACAGAAAGUCAAAACUUUUACUUCCUUCUAGGAUCCCUACUCCAGAAGUUCAUUGGUAUGUAGAUUUUGAUGUAUGGUUUUUGUGUGUGUAAAUUAAGCUGCUUUUUGGUUUUUUAGUGGUUUAGUUUACUUUUUUUGAUGAUUGAUGAGCAUGUUUUAACUUGCAAAUUUGUGAUUUUCAUAAUAAACCACAAAAAUCCAAAGAAGAGAAAAUGGAGUAUGUAUUGUUGUAUAAUGUAAGAAUUGCAAAGAGGCCAAAGAAAGUGAAAGGUGAGUAGCGUGUAGGGUAGGCAGAAGCACUUGGCAUGCAAUUGUCAGGAUGAAAUAAUGGAUUAUCUAUGUAUAUAUUUCAGGUAAUUAUUGUAUCUAAUGUAAAGAAAUUCCUACUCGUAA